CUCACCAAUGUAUCCAUUAUUCGCUUAAAAAAAGGAGGGAAACGCUUUGAAGUACGUUCCAUUGCACUAACACAGAUUGCAUGCUACAAGAACAAGGUAAAAGAGUGGCGCUCAGGAGAUUUGGAUGAGGUAGUCCAAAUUGAAAGUGUGUUCCUGAAUGUGUCAAAAGGACAGGUGGCUUCGAAUGAAGAUCUUAAGAAGGCUUUCGGUACGACGGAUGCAAAGGAAGCACUACUUGAGAUUUUGAAAAAAGGCGAACUGCAGGUGGGCGAGAAGGAGCGUAGCCACGAGCUGUCGAACCUAUGGGUAGAAAUUGCUACCAUUGUGGCGCAAAAGUGUAUUGAACCAAGCAGCCAGAAACCCUACACGGUGGGCAUGAUCGAAAAAGCGAUGAAAGAUGCGCACUAUAGUGUAAAGCCCUCUAAAUCUGCCAAAAUUCAAGCACUCGAAGUAAUCAAGCUUUUACAGUCGAAGGAGAUCAUCCCGUUGGAGCGUGCACAAAUGCGUGUCAGUGUCACUAUGGCGGCGAGAGAGGGAAAGCGACUUAAGGAUAAAAUCUUGCCCCUCUUUUCUCAUAUUGAGGAGGAAGAAUGGGAUGACUCCUGGGAAAUUGUGGGUACAAUCGACCCCGGAUCGUUACGUCAAAUCAAUACACUUUUCGAAACGGAGGUCAAAGGCGAGGGUGGCGUCGAGACUUUAACAUUUUCUACUGUGAAUAAUGAUGACGAUGAAUGA